AGUUAUUCAUCGUUCAUGUUAUUCAUCACUCGGGCAAGUAAUAGUAGAAAGUCAUGCUGAAAUAAACUUGCCCGAAGUGGUCCAUUAGUAUCGGGUUGAUUAUGAUGGGUAUAUCAUGUGUCAUACAUUUGUAUCGUAAAGUAAAAAGACGCGUUACAUGUAGACUCUUUACGUUAAACAUAUCGAACAUUCAGGCGUGCAUCGGAGGCAUAUUCAUAAUCACACUGCUAAUGAUAUGUGUUGUAAACUACGAACUGAUUCGUACAGAAUUUGGAGAAAAAUUUGCCACUGAUAUCAAUAAGUGGAGGCUGUCACACCUGACAAAUGUUUGCCAACGAUUAAACAAUGGAGGACAUACAAACCUUCAGCCGGCGUUCUAUCUGCACAGCAAAAAUUACAGUUUGGUUUAUUGCCCAGUGUUUAAGGCAGGCACCAGCACGUGGUUCUACAACUUUAAUACAUGGGCAGGAUUCACGGAAUACGAGAUCAUGCAUAACGACAAUCUGUUUCUUGCGCGUAAGUUCUACCCGAUAGAAAAUCGCGUCACGUUAAUGCAAUCGAUGGCACAUUCAUUCUCGUUUAUCAUCGUACGGCAUCCUUUCGAGCGUUUGAUAAGCGCUUUUGAAGAUCGACUGGUGAGUAUGAAAAAUGCGUACUAUUCGCGUGUAUCCCUAGCCAUCUAUCGCCGCUAUCACCCGACGGGGAGCGGCAAAAUUACAUUCCGUGACUUUGUGCAGUACAUUAUCGAUGAUGUCGAAUAUCGCAACAGCACAAUGGGGUUAGAUAUUCACUGGUGUCCAGUUAACAAUAUCUGCACACCUUGCUUAGCUAGAUAUGAUUAUAUAAUCAAACUGGAAACAUACGAGCAAGAUGUGGAAGUGAUGAUAAAAGCGGCAAAAUUGCAAGGUAAAGUGAAACUAAUGCAAUUAAACCACGUCAGAAAGGAACCUGUCGAAGUUCUGAUGAUGAAAUAUUUUUCACAAAUAACGCAGAAACAAUUAGAAAUAUUGUACAGUAUUUACGAGAUCGAUUUCGAAUUGUUCGGAUAUUCUGCUGACAAAUAUUUUCAAAUACCAAAAGCCGUGACGUGAAUACAGUGAACCCUCUCUUAUUUAAGAGGCGAUGGGACUCUCGAAUAAGAGGGGUUUUCAAAUUACAGAGGUUGAAAGUGAAUGAAAGGUCCAUACAAGACAAGAAAGAGACAGAACAUUUAGUAUGCAGCCUUAACUGUUGCUAUAGGAAACUGCGAACAGAAUCGCUAAUUUGAGCAUACAUCUUUCAAUAACCAUGGCAACACCAUACACAAAUAAGAGGGACACAGAUUUCAGAGGUUUUCCAAAUUAGAGGAACAAAAAUGUACUGGAAAUCAAGGGACUGUGCAAAAUGUUCAAAUAAGAGAGGUUUUUCAAAUUGGAGAGGUGUCAAAUAAGAGAGGGUUCACUGUAGUUAUAUUGCAAGAGAAUCGGGAAAAUUUGUAGAAAAGAAGCAAUUACAGCUUUGUGUGUAAACGUUAAACUAAAACAUGAAACAAUCGUGUAAUAUGUAAAAAUUAAGAAAAUUAAAUUAAUACCUUAAAUUUAAAUAAGUUGUUAAUUAACAUGGUAAAAUGUGAGGCUAAAGCUUGGAUUAGGUUAUGUAUUUUAUAUUCAAAUAAAACAAAAAUCAUUUACAGUUGUUGAUGACUAUGCAUAUUACCAUUUUUCGAAUAAGGACAAUUCGAUGAGAAUCUUCUAUAUUUUUUUUUUGUUGCCGUAAUUUGACUCUAGACCAAAGGAGUUGGUGCGAGGCCACGUGAUCCACAAAAUGCUGAAUAUGUUGUGAACUUUGUCAAAAUUGCUUGUCAAUUGCAAAAAAGAGCUUUUCCGUGGCCUCAUCAAAAAUCUACACAUUGACGCAACUUGAACGACAAAAAGCUAUACUACAUGACAAAAAGACAAGCAAUUAUUAUCGAUUUUGUUUAGAUGGAAAACAUAUUUAAAAAAAAAAAAAUAAAAUAUUUUUAGAUCGAUAAAAACAUAACCUUAACAAAAAAUGUCAGCAUUUUGUCAUUCCCGUGGCCUCGCGCCUAUUGUAUGCAAAGAACAAAAAAAUCCCUCGUGCUUGUAUAAUCUAGUGUUCCUGGGAUUCAUGAAUUCUUUGUUGAGAUUCAUUCAUAUGAUGUGAUGAGUGAUUCGAAUCUCGAAUCGAAUCUCUAAAGGUUCACGAAUCUUCAAAGAUACGUGAAUCUCAAAAAUUGAAUUCAUGAAGAAUCAUAAAUCUCCAGGAUUUCAUGAACCAUUAGACAUGUAAAAUUGUCAAAAUAUUGAAUUUGCGUGAUCCUAUGGUACAGUGAUUAACUUGCAAGACAUGCCCGUCGUGGGUUUAAGUCUCGCAUGGACUGUUUCCCCGUAGCAAAACAGACUAUCCGGCUGCGUGGUACCAAGAAGACUCGAAUGCCUGUAUAGGUUGGAAUGACCACGUAGGUUGUUACGCCAAGACGAAUAGAAGAAGCUCAAACUCGUAGUAGUUUGUAGUUUAUAUUAUAGGAUAUUUGGUAGUUAAUCGAAUGCUUGUUUAUCCCAUUUUUAAUAAUAAAGAAUAUGAGAUUUUUAAAUACAAAGCUACACAAUAACAAAUAGCGAGUGGCCAGUCUCGUGGUACAGUCGUCUACUCGUAAGACAUAACAGCAUACCCUUAAAGGGUACAAACCCCGAAUGAACCUUGCGACUCCCAUACAUAGGCCUAUCUAUUCUGCCAUAUGUGGAUCAAUAAGACACUAAAAGUUAAGCCCACUAGUGCUAGUAGUCCUUGACAUACAACAGUUGUUGACCCAAAGAAGAAGGAGAAGAAAAAGAAA